AUGUAUCUUCUCAAUGUAACCUCGAAAACGCUGGAAGAGUUCUCGGAUGAUCAAACUCCACCUUAUGCCAUCCUCUCCCACCGCUGGGGAAAGCCAGAAGACGAGAUCUCCUUUCUAGAAGUGAACAGUCAAAACAUAGAUGAAAGCAAACCCGCCUGGGCAAAACUGGAGGGUUGUUGUGAACAAGCCAAACGCGUCAAAAUCAAUUAUGUCUGGAUUGAUACUUGCUGUAUCAACAAGCAAGAUGGGCAUCACCUGGACUCAAUCAAUUCCAUGUUUGAAUGGUACCAAAAGGCAAAAGUCUGUUAUGCAUACCUGUUUGACGUUGCCCCGGAUGAAAAUUUUACCAAGGCCGAAUGGUUUGAAAGGGGUUGGACUUUACAGGAGCUUCUCGCUCCCAAGAAGAAGGUGGAGUUCUACAAUAACAAAUGGAUAUGUAUCGGGACGAGGGAGAGCCUCGCCGUUGCACUGGAAGAAAAGACUGGCAUUUCAAGAAAAGUUCUAAGAGGUGAGAAGGACAUGCUCACUGAGAGUGUGGCACAGAGAAUGUCUUGGGCUGCCCGGAGAAAGACCAAAAUUGCAACAGACAUGGCAUAUUGCCUGUUGGGGAUCUUUGGGAUCUCUUUCAAGACUCUAUACCAUGAAGACGAUGAGGGAGCUGAUGCUGCUUUCAGAAAGCUUCAGAUCGAAAUAUUUAAUCGUACAGGAGAUGAUUCUAUCCUAGCGUGGACCCAUGUGCCAGCCAACCUCGGGCACCGCAAUCCAAAACCACAGGGCGGUCUAGCCGGCAGUCCGCUGGACUACGUCGAUUCUCGCAAGAUUGUCUCCGGUCCAAGUACAAAGCCUACCAAGUUCAAGAUCGAAUUUAACAAUGACAGCCUCCAACUCACUCGCGACCUCUACACGGAUCCUUCUGGCAUGACAUUCAUCAUUCUUCGCUGCUACUCACGAAGCAACAGGCGCGCUAGAAUAGGGAUUCCGGUCGAACGCAGGCCAGGCUACCUCGGGAAAACUUAUGACCGUUUACAGUGUGAGAAUUUUGAGUUUUUGGUCACAUCCCCAAAGGAUUGUGUGCAAACCUCAAUCCGAUUACUCUUGUCUGGCCAUAAACACUACGCCACCAAAUACUACCAAUCGAAUCCAUUCCGGCUAUUAGAGCCGAGGUACUACUACGAAGCACCACCAGCGUUAGAAUAUGACAGCGAAACGCCGCCAGCGUCACCCGAGCCUCGCCGAUAUUACCAGAUGUGGACUGAGCCCUAUCAAGGGUUUAUACCAGAUAAGACCGCUGAAACACCUGCAGUGGGCUAUCUGCGAAAGACUUAUGAGGAAGAGUGCAACUGGGAAAAGCAGAACGGCCUCAAAGCACCACAACAGCAUGACGAUGGGUCUGUGCUUCCUAUACCAGGCAGCUUGAUGGAUUUUGAUGACUUGUACAUCGGAAGUAUGAUGUCCCCGGCUCCCGGCACUGUUUUGCAUGAUUCACAUCUGCAUCACAGACCUGCAAACAGAGAGGACACAUAUCAGAACACCUUCACUUUCCCGCCCCACAAUUUCACCGCACAGGAUGACUACAUGAAUAACCAUCAACUGGUGGGCCCCAGCGCAGAUUUUCAGUAUGAGACUGCCUUGGCCACGCCUGAUCAGUAUUCCCUGAACAAUCUCACAGACACUUCCUACGCAGGUGGUGAAGGUGACCCUAGCCUUAGAGGUUUUCUCAAAGGCCCGGCUAUUGGAACUGAUGAAUAUGACGAUUGUUCUGGAAUACCAGAAGAUAUUGAGGCUUCUCGCACGCCAAGCGAAAGUACCCGCAAGUCGGCGUUGCAUGGUAAGAAGGCUAAGCCAAGCAGACAUAUUCACCAGUCGAGGUACAAUAGUCACAAGCGUAACGGAUCGAAAGAACGGCCCUCCAGAUCCACUGAGAGAGAUGAUGACAACUACUUUGGGAUGGCAGAAGAUACCAAGUAUCCAGAUUCACGGAACACAAAACUAUACCUCUCAGAAGUCAAUGACUACCAUAUAAUGACACAACCUUUUACAUACAUAGAUAAUUACGAGGAAAACCCCGCUCCUGGAUAUCAGAUUGACUCUUCUGGCGUUGGAUCUCUUGGACCAGGAGAUGACUAUCCUGAGCUAUCAGGAGGCAAUGAGGCUCAACGGAGAAAUCACAAAAGUGGACUCAUGUCGAAAGGGAGUCAUCACAGGGUCAAAGAAGCUAAGAAAUCUCAGAGCAGCUCCGUCAGAUCGGGGAGAUACCACGAAGACAAUUACUCUGAGAGAACAGACUACAUUGGAAUUUCAAAUAUACGAAAAGGAAGGCAUCGAAGGUAG